UCACCAUGGGUCAUAACAUGGGUCCACCGCGUUCAGAAUGUUAUAGUUUCUAUUUUCGAAACCGUUGUUUUGUUUCGCGCGCGAAUUCCAGAAAGUUUUGAUUCUGAAUGGAGUUUUCUACGGUUCAGGAAUUGUGCUUACAUUUAAUAUCUUCAGCGUAUCAAAGAUGCCGAUUAUCGGAGCAGAUUUGCAGACUCGCAAUCAUUCUCACUCGCUCUUCAUCUGUGCAUCCUUCUCUUCGAAUUUCAAUCUCCGAUACUGGCAUUGGGAGCUGCUUAGAGGAAUUUCAAGACUUAAGGUUUUCUUCCACGGAUUUUGCUGACAAUUGGGAUGGAAUACUUUCUCUCAAAACCACCAGCAUUAUGGAUACCGAGAUACAUAGUUAUCAGAUAAACCUGAAAGAAAGGGGUUCCUCUAGAAUAACAAGACUACCUUCAAACACAAAAAAUGGGGCAAAAUUCAGUGGUAGUGAAGCUUAUCUGUCUUGUUUUGUUAGCCGUGAUCUCUUACUGUCUGAUAUCCAUACCUUUAUACAGAAGAUGCAAAUUUUAAAGAUUCCUAAUAUUGCAAUUCAAUUGGUAGCAGAAGAUUGCGAUGAUCCGGAAUCACGAUAUGAAAAGAUUUUUCUUGCGAAUGAGUGCAAGCAAUUACCAAUGUCGGCAUCAAAUCUAGAACUUCUUAAGUCAGGCAUAGAAGACUAUGUAGUUAAGCAUGGAAAUAAUUUAAGUAACAUGUGUAACUCUUGCUUCCCAAGUUGGGAGCAGCUCAAAGUUGGAAUUGGGGUAGCUUGCUGCACUGAUAAUCGUUUAAACACGGAACUGGUGAUGGAGGCAGUCAUAUUAAUGAGUAAUAUAUCAAUGCAGAACAUUGCGUGCUUCCGGGAAUAUGAUAAUAGAACAGAGGUUUUGUAUUUCAAGGACUUUUCACCUUGUACAAUCUCCCGAUCAUCUAUGAAGGCAUUGCAAAGCAUUGACUGGAAAACAUAUGGCUUAAACUUAAGGGGUACAGUAGAGCAAGAUGGCGUUACAUUACUAGAAUGGGAAAACUUGCCUACAGAUACACACAUUGAUAUUGUGCUCCACGUAUAUCAUAAACAAUAUCCAACCAUGAUACCAGCUCCUAGGAAAUUGUCUCCACUUGACAGAAACCUUGUUAAGAGAGCAGUUAAACUUUCACUGGAUGAUUUGAAGGCGAAUCAUUCCCAGGAUUUUUUAAGUUCACGUGCCCUUCAGAUUCGCAGUUAUGCCCCUGAUCUCGCAAAAACUAUUGCUGGGCUGAUAUUGUCUUCCAGCGAUUUGGAUUUCCAGGGAGAAUGCUUUUCUCUUCUUGGAUUACAGUCUCAAGAAGUUGGAACUGAAAUUGUGGAAAGCUGUAUUGAAGAAAGGAUUGUUUCAGUUAUAGAGAUGAACGACAAGAAGCCCAACAAUUCUCAACAGGUCGCACCUUACCUUUUCGAAGAAUUAGAAAACCCUGCCCGGGAAUCAGAAUUUCAAGAAAACGAUUUCAGCCCCUUGGACUUUUAACUCUUGCAAGGUUUUCCUGCAUCCUUAGUUCAUCUUUCAAAAUGGUAGUAGCUGAUAUAAUGGCAUAUUCAUAAUUCAUAGUAUACGUAUAUUUGUACCAAUGUGACGUCUGAUAUCGAUGAAGCUUCAAACUCAAAGAUAUUUUUUGUG